CAUUUUGCUGAGAGCGUUGCUGUGAGAGGACAUGUGUCACAACCUUCUGUUACCGUAACUCACUCAUUUGAAAAGCGAACAGGAGGUGUUGCACAUACGGUUUAAAGUGUCAAGCAGCACCAUCUUCAGCCUUGAGAAGAUUCAUGUGGAAGAUGAGAGACCAGCAUCAUAUUUUUCUGUUCACCUACAUGGUGGCGCUUGCCACCCCUCUUUCUUUGGCUUUCAACAUUGAUGCAACAAAUCCCGAUGUCUAUGCUGGUGAAAAGAAAGAUUUCUUUGGAUACAAAGUGCUUCAGUUCACGUCUGGCACAGACAAAGGGAUAAUCGUCACUGCGCCGCUGCAGCUCAAUGGAUCUGGAGGAGUAUGCAGACCUUACAAAAACCAAAGCAACCAGUGUUUCAAUGCUGAAGACAUUACUGUGAAAAACGAAACGUUACCAGUGAAGCUCCUCGGCCUGUCGAUCGCCGCAGACUCCACAAGCUCCCAGUUCAUUGUCUGCAGCCCAAGUGUAGCCCAUGAAUGUAAUGACAACUCCUAUCUGAACAGUGUGUGUUACAACAUGACAUAUAGUCUUCAGACAACCUCCAAUUUCACUCCUGCUUUCCAAGAAUGUACCAAAAAGACAGUGGACCUUGUCUUUCUUGUUGAUGGAUCAGGCAGUAUGACCGGAACUGAGUUCGACAAAACUAAAGAUUUCAUAGUGGAUAUAAUGUACAGCCUUAAGAACACAUCAAUCAAGUUCUCAGCAGUUCAGUUCUCCUCAAACCACAGGACAGUAUUUGACUUCAACGACUAUCAAGAUGGUAGCGCUCUUGAAAAACUUAGGAAAGAACCCCACAUGGAGGAUCUGACCAACACACAUGGAGCCCUCGAAUUUGUGUUGAAAAAUAUCUUGGAAAACACAACUGCAGGUGCCUCUCCUGAUGCAAUUAAGGUUCUGGUAAUAAUCACAGAUGGUGAUCCCAGUGACAGAAACAAUGGGACUAUUGAAAAAUAUGAUGAGAAACAGAUCAUUCGCUUUGUCAUUGGGGUCAAGUACGCUAAGUUAGAAAAAUUCACAGACAUUGCUUCAAAACCAGCAGACCAAUAUGCCUUUAAAAUCGAGGACUACAACGGACUGGAAGGAAUACUGGAAAAGUUUCAAAAAAGGAUUUUUAAAAUGGAAGGCUCCAGUGUGGCUCGAGGAGGAGACUUGACGGAGGAAAUGGCUCAGAGUGGAUUCAGUGCUGUCGUCUAUAACAAUACAUUGAUCCUGGGUUCAGUGGGCUCAAAGAGCUGGGGGGGCUCUCUCAGAGAGAUCCAUGAAGGAAAAGAAACACAAAUUGAAGAUCCACCAAUGAAGAAGGACUCCUACAUGGGAUACUCCAUCUCUGUUGGCAAGAGGGACAAUGCUUCUCUAUACUUUGCGGGUGCACCAAGAUUUGAGCACACAGGACAGGUCGUACUUUUCAGACGUGAUGCUGGUAAUUGGGCCGCAGCCCAAACACUAAAUGGUACCCAGAUUGGCUCCUACUUUGGAGCAGAGCUGUGCUCAGUAGAUAUCGACUCAGAUGGUAACACUGACUUCCUGUUGGUGGGAGCUCCCCUGUUCUAUCAGCCCUAUGAGAAGAAAGAAGGCCGGAUCUAUGUCUACAUUCUGUCUGAGAAGAUACAACUGGAAACUGUACUAAAUGUGACAGCAUCCAUGGGCAGAUUUGGCACCACCAUUUCCAGCCUUGCGGAUCUUAACGGAGACGAACUCCGAGACGUUGCUGUUGGAGCCCCCCUUGAGGAUGAUAACAGAGGGGCUGUGUACAUCUACCUUGGUGACAGACGCAAUGGCAUACACAGCACUUUCAGCCAGAGAAUCAUGGGACAGGAAUUUGGACCUGAGAUGAGAUUCUUCGGACAGGCCAUUGAUGGGCGCAUUGACCUCGGAGAGGACGGACUUCCAGAUAUUUUGAUCGGAUCACAGGGCAUGGCUGUUGUCUUGAGGUCCCGUCCUGUCUUCAACGUCACCGCACAUCUCUCUUUUCUUCCUAAGGAAAUAAGCACUGAGAAGAUUAACUGUGUGGACAAAACAGAUGGUGAUUUACCCAUGGGGACCUUACAAGUCUGCUUUGAAAUGGUAGAAAGCACAAAGAGCAAAGCCGACGUGAUGAGCUCAGGACUGAACAUCUCAUACAUACUUAAUGUGGAUCCAGUGAGACAAACCUACCGAGGUUUCUUUGGAAAUGACAAGAAAGCCAGGAGUCUAACUUCCUCCUGCGAUCUGACGGCUAAUGAAACCUGCUUCAAGCUCCCUGUCAACAUGCCUAAAUGUCUGAAAGACACUUUUUCACCCAUCAUCAUCAAAUUCAAUUUUUCCCAAGUCGACAGUGAGAGUGCGAGUGCCGUCCUGAACGUGGACAGCAGAAGGUCGGCUACUGUUGAGGUUCCCUUUGAAAAGCAAUGUGCAAAAAACGACAACUGUGUUGCUGAACUGGAGGUGGAUUUCAACUUCAUGACCCCGGCCUUAUUGGUGGCAGAAGAUAGUUACUUCAACGUGACUGUAAAACUGUCUAAUUAUGGUGAUGACUCAUACAACACCAGCCUCACAAUGCAUUAUCCUCCUGGCCUCUCCUUCUCCAGGAUGACUAUUACAGAGGCGACUAGACCAACGCUCCACAGCUGUCAUGAUCUUGAAGGGGUGCUUGACAAAACUGUGUGCGGCAUCAGCCUUCCUGUGUAUCGCAGCAGAUCUGCUGCAACGUUUAUAACUUCUUUCUACAUCCUAACCGGGUACGAGUGGAACGACACAAUGGUGAUGACCGUUACUGGAAGAAGUGAUAACGCAAACAUUACCGAGAACAAUACCCUGACCAAAAGCAUCCCAGUGCAAAUUGAAAUUAAAAUGGGACUAACAGUGAAAGAAGGCAGCACCACAUAUCUGAACUUCACAGCAGAAGAGGCUGCACCUAAAAAAAUUGAGAUCAUAUACAAGAUUGAUAAUCCAGGGUUUAAGGCUUUUCCUGUCAACGUGUCUCUGUUCUUCCCAACGCAACUGGAACAUAACUUUGAAAUGAAGGAUUAUCAAGUGUCUGUCCAGCAGAACAAAACUCAAUGCAGAAUCCCUGAUCUCAAAACUGAUCACUGCUCGCCAGGAGAACCUUGGAAAAUCAUUGCAUGUGACACCUUCAUCCUGGACAAGGAGUCAUCCACUGAGUUCACAUUGUCAGGAGAAGCACAUUUUCGGGAUCUCAAAAAGCAUGCCGAGAAUACUGCCUUUCUGAAACGAUACACCGGAGACAGCGGGGAGGUGAAAUUCAAAAGCUCCAUAGGUGUUGAAUUUGACGGGCGACAAUACGUGCUGGUUUCUCGUAAACAAGAGAGAAACGAUGGAUUCAUGGAGAUGUCUCAUAAAACUUGCUCAUGGAAAGACAACGAUCCAACCAUGAAAUGGAGUAAAGUUCGGGAUGAGUUAAUAAUUCUCCCCAAUCGACUGCUGAUCAUCUUUACUGGAGUUGGAUUGGGUUUGUUGUUUCUCAUCAUAACCACAAUCAUCAUGUGGAAGCUUGGUUGCUUCAAGAGGAAGACGUUUUAUGAAGAAGAGGAGACAGAUGUUGUUCUUCUGGCUUACACUCCCAAAGAGUCUGCCUUUGACCCCAUAGUACUAUCAACUACAAUUCAAUCCUAAUUUUCUAACCCCAAACAACUAUUUUCCAUAUUUUCCAACCUCCUUGACCCCCCAGUCCCCCUCCUCCCUUCUACCAAGCCACUUUGUUAACUACUUUACAAAAAAGAUAGAUGACAUACGCUCAUUAUUUUCUAAUCCUCCUUCUAUAACUACAUUUCCAUCAACUUCAUCUUCAUCCCAUUCACUUUCCUCUUUCAACCCCCCGUCUCCCGAUCAAGUUCUUACGUUGGUAGCCUCAGCUGACCCCUUGACGCCAUACCAUCUCACAUUCUCCAGUCUAUCGCUCCGGACUUUCUUCCUUUUCUCACCCAUCUUAUCAACACUUCCCUGUCAACUGGCUGUUUCCCUAACUCUCUGGAGGAGGCAAGAGUAAAUUCUCUCCAGAAGAAACCCACCCUUUACUCGUAUGAAGUAAACAAUUACAGACCUGUCUCUCUACUUCCCUUGCUUUCCAAAACUCUCGAGCGCGCUAUCUUUAAUCAACUCUCCUCCUAUCUCCACCAUAACAACCUUCUUCACCCUCACCAGUCUGGUUGCAAGGCAGGUCACUCAACUGAGACUGCCCUCCUUGCUGUCUCUGAGCUGCAUUCGACACAGUGAACCACCAGAUCCUUAUUUCCUCUCUUUCUACCUCCAUGACUACACUUAUUGGGUAACUUCGAGAGGAUUUGUUUCUUACUACUGGGGUCCCUCAAGGUUCCGUCCUGGGUCCCCUCCUCUUCUCUCUGUAUACCAACUCUCUCGGCUCUGUCAUUCACUCACAUGGCUUUUCCUACCACAGCUACGCAGAUGACACCAAACUAAUCCUCUCUUUUCCCCAAUCUGAAACACAGGUAGCAGCACGAAUCUCUGCCUGUCUGACUGACAUCUCUCAGUGGAUGUCUGCACACCAACUGAAAAUUAACAUUGAUAAGACUGAACUACUUUUCCUUCCAGGGAAAGACUCUCCCACCCACGACCUGACUAUUAACUUUGACAACUCCGUGUUAACCCCCACUCAGAUUGCUAGGAACCUGGGUGUGACACUUGAUAGCCAACUCUCCCUUACUGCCAACAUUACUGUAACAACACGUUCCUGUAGAUUCAUGCUGUACAACAUCCGGAGAAUAAGCCACCUUCUCACUCAGAAGGCGGUGCAGGUUCUGGUUCAGGCUCUGGUCAUCUAGCGCCUAGGCUAUUGUAAGUCCCUCCUGGCAGGUCAGCCUACUAGUGCCAUCCGACCUCUGAAGCUCAUCCAGAAUGCAGCACCUCGACUGGUCUUUAACUGGUCCUAAAUUCACUCACACUACUCCGCUCCCUUCACUGAUCACCGGUGGCUGCCCGCAUCCGUUUAAAAACAUUAGUAAUUGCGUACCGUGAUCAGGUCCAGUCUACAUCCAGGACCUUGUCAAACAUUACACCCCAGCACGUUCACUCCACUCUGCUUCUGCCAAUCGGCUCAUUGCUCCUUCACUGCGAGCUAAACCCCCUUUUUAAAAUCACGACUGUUUGCUGUCCUGGCUCCUAAAUGGUGGAAUGAGCUCCCCAUCGACAUCCGUACAUCAGAAAGUUUACACAUUUUCCUGCCGCAAACUAAAAACACACCUCUUCCAAAUAUACCUUGAAUAAAAUGUUACAACUAACAAUUUAGUAGCCCUUAAAUGGCACUUACUUAUAGCACUUUGUAGUUUGUUUUUGUUUUGUUUUAAGAAAUUGUACUUUUUAAGGAAUUGUACUCUCUUGAUUCUUGUUGUUCUGGGUUUGUACCCUCAUGGAUGAAUGCACUUAUUGUAAGUCGCUAUAGAUUAGACAAAAUGGGAAUUGGUAGCUUUGCUCUUAUGAAUUUAGCAAAAUCUAAUGAACCAAGUACAUUUUUUGUCCAUAUGGUCCAAAUAUUACAAAUUUGCCUCAAGGGUCUUUACAGAUGUUCAACAAAAUGACACCUUCUGCCCUAAGAGACUCAAACUGAAUGAAUCAGUGAAAUCCAAAAUAAAAGAAACCCGAAUUAGAGGAACUGAGGAGAGAUCCCUCCUACAGGACAGACUGACAUGCAGUAGAUGUCGUGUGAGCAGAGUAGAUCUACGUUGCAGUCUUACAGUAUGGACGAACAGCAUGGUCAAAAUAUAGAUUGUAAAUAUACAGGGAGAAUAUGAUACGAGAGGAUGUUGGCAUGUAAAACCCUUUUUUUAGAUAUUUUUUAUCAAAUCAUUAAAAAAAAUUUGGACCAUUGUUAUUCCAUGUAAUACCAUGGUUGUGUUAUAUCAGGCACAACAAAGUUAUGUGAAAACUCGUCCUCAACACAGAAGAGACACAAGUUUAAAUUCCAGGUAGCCUGGUCACAUGAUCCCUGUGUCCAGCCUAUGGUGCCGUCUCUAAUAAUGUUACACUUUAAAAUACUGUAACAUUUAUACUAGUCAGCCUUUACCUAUUUGAUCUUCGGCACAGGUUUUGUCUCCUUGUUUAUGCAAUUUUGUGCCUUUAAUAUAAUUUUUUUUAUGCUUUUUCAGUAAAAAAAUAAAAGUUAGAGAAAA